AUGGGAGAUUCCUAUUUCUGGCAAUCAAUUGAAUGUUCGCUGAUUGAUGAAAUCCCCAUCCUUGAGAGUAGAUUGGACGAUGUAACCUUUAAUGGUGUAGACUGGGUCAAGGGCGAUUGCGGUGAACGUAUUAUCGUGGGCGAUGAUAUCUAUACAGAUAUCAUUAUUAAUAAACAUGCUCAAGUCAAUCAAACCUGUGAAUGGCAACUAAUUUCAAAGGAUCCCACAAAACAUGUUACACUAACUUUCAGUCAUCUGCAAUUAAAUCCAGCCUUUGCUAGUCAAUAUCGCACCGAAGGAGAUUGUAUCGACAAAGGUGCGGUGGUUUACGAUGGUUCAUCGGAUGCAUCACCAGUACGUUCACGAUUCUGUAAAUCUCAUCCGCCUGAUAUUAUAUCGAAUGGACACGCUUUAACACUAAAAGUUCCCAUGGGUCUUAUAGCGGAAAUCGAUGCUACUGUCUAUAUUAUAGAUAAUAUUUGUGGUAAUGUCUUUCGAUCACUAACCGGAAGAUUUGCUACACCCAAUUAUCCAUCAUCGUAUCCGGUUAAUAUCGAAUGUACAUGGUAUAUUAUGGCUAGUGAGGGUAAUAGUAUUGGUUUGACCUUCGAAUCAAUGGAUCUGGAAGAUUCUGACAAUUGUAAUAACGAUUAUGUUGAAAUAAGAGAUGGUAGUAAUUUUAGACGUUUAUUGGGUUUACAUUGUGGUAAACAAAUUCCGGCAGCGGUGGAAAAAGCCCAAACAUUAACUGUAACAUUUAGUAGUAAUGAUGAUAUAGUGGGAGAAGGUUUCAUAGCCACGUAUUACUAUGUUAAACAUAAUGAAAUUAAUGGCACUAAUGGAGUGGUGGAAUCCCCGGCAUAUCCAGCCAAGUUCCAUAGUGAUGACUUAUAUAGCUGGCGUAUUACUGUGGAUAAAAACUAUGUAGUAUUGCUGUCUAUUAAACAUAUUGUGGAUACCGAUAUACCAUAUAUCAAGUUCUAUGAUGGUUAUUCCGAUAUUGGAGCACCUAUUGAUUACACCAAUACCCAUAUUGUACGCUCAAAUACAAAUAUUUUAUAUUUCACCGCCACACGAGGUCCAUUCCAAUUUGAAUGGGAGCAAUUAUCCAAAGAAGUAGUGCGUAACAAUCAGACGGCUGAGAGAAUGUCUGAACUGUGUGGCAAUCAAAAUUUGCGUAUCAACUCCUCUACCCUCUUCUUUAGUUCACCUGGUUAUCCUCAUGGUUAUGACUCAAAUUUACAAUGUUCUUGGACGAUUAUAUCUAACGAUCCCUCUAUGCAUACAGAAAUAUUAUUUUUAAAAGUUGAUCUAGAAGAAUUCGAUGAAUGCUUUGCCGACUAUGUUAAAGUUUCCAAGAGUACGGAUCUGCAAAACUGGCAAGAGUUGGAGAAAAUGUGCAAAAAGACUUCCGAUAAAAUAAUAAGAUUCCAAGGAAAUCCUUAUUUGAAAGUAGAAUUUGUUACGGAUGCUGGUGUCAAUAAGACUGGAUUUUCCUCUCUGAUAUCAACUAAAUGUGGUUCAGAACUAACGGAGAGAAGAGGCUUUGUUAAUAUAACUGAAUUAAAGGGCAAUGGUGCUAGUUUCCAACAGGAUUGCAUUUGGACCAUUAGAGUCAGACAGGGUAGACGUAUACGUCUAACAUUUCCCGAUUUUUGGUUACGUACCCCCAAUACAGAUGGCAAUUGUAAAACAUACUUUUUAGUACGCAAUGGCAUUGCCGAAGAUUCACCAUUUUUAGGCAAAGGAAAGUACUGUGACAAUGAUAUAACGGAUAUUCUGGAAACUUCUUCAAAUCGGGCUUACAUUAAAUUUUCUCGCAGCGGUUAUCCGGCAUUCAGAGCUUCUUUUCAUUAUGAAGAAAUAAGUCCAGAAUGUUCCAAAGAGAUUGUUCUUAAGGACGACUACAAAUGGGAUCGCAUACAAACCAUUACAACACCCAACUAUCCCAAUAUACCGAAUCCACAUUCAGAGUGUAUUUGGAAAAUUAUAGCUCCGCUACAUAAGACCAUAACCUUGGAUUUCUUUGGUGAUUACGAUUUGAUACCCGUCAAUUCGGACUCUAAACUAUGUGAACUGGAAUAUGUGCAAGUAAAUGAUGGAGGCACAGAAAUGGCUCCGGUUAUAGGCAAAUAUUGUGGUAGCACAAAACCAAAUACAAUACGCUCGACUGGAAACAUAAUGAGAGUGCUUUAUUUCACGGAUGUUUCAGAACCUCAUAAGGGUUUUAUGGCCAACGUUAGUAUAAGUCGUUGCGGUGGUUCUUAUUAUGACUCGGAAGGCGUCAUAACGGCUCCUCUGUUGCAACUUAAACCCAAUGAAAAGGAAUUGGAAUGUAUAUAUACGCUAGAAAUGCCCUUGGGUUCUACUAUUAAUAUAAGCAUAGAUAGAAUAAAUUUCCCCGAACCUUAUGGAGGUUCUAACACGGACUGUAAACAGGAAAGCCAUUUGGAACUACAAGAAAUUGAUGCAUUCUCCACGGACACAGAAAAUAUAACCGAUACUUUGUUCUUGUGUGGUUCAACUCCCAAUCGUUAUAUUGUCGAAACCAAUAAACUAAGAAUAGUUUUGCGUAUCAAAGAUGGCGUUUAUAAUACUGACAGUUUUCAGAUCAGCUAUUCGGCUAUAGGAGAUAGAUGUGGUGAAACAAUAGUGGGAAUGCGUGGAAUAUUACAAACUCCCAAUUAUCCCAAAGGUACAGGUGCACCUAUACAUUGUACUUGGCAUCUAAAAGCUCCCAAGGGAAGACGUAUUAAAGUUGAAUUCCUAGACUUUGAUAUGGAUAGUGGUCAAACAUCUGGAAGAGUCUAUCGCCGUUUAACGUUUAGUAACGAUCCUAAACUAUCAUCCAUCAUCGAACGUGUAACAGAUACAGUGCCAGCUGUUAUUUACUCUACCGAUAAUACCAUGACUAUAGAUGCUCUCAUGUUGUCGUUCUACAAAAAUCGUGGUUUCAAAUUGAAAUUCUCAGCCGAUGAGUUCUCAACCCAGUGUCGCAAUUUUCUCUGGUUUUAUGAUGAAAGCAUAAUGUCUACUCCACAGACUUUGAGAUUCAGAAGGGAUGAUAGUGAAAAAUCGAUGUAUUGUUCCUACGAUCUUAAGCCCAAAUUCAAUCGCACCCUGUCCGUACAAAUAGUUAAAGUAGAAAAUUACAAUAUUACACAGCAAUGGUUUGUAUAUGGCUGCCAAUACUCUUCCGCGGUACAAUUAUAUGCCGGAGAAGAGCGCAUAUUACCCAUGCUAAUGUGUCAUAAUGAAACCCAACCCUCAUUUAGACUACCGUAUUCGAGCAAAAUGGUUAUAAAUGGACAUAGGCGAAAUGGUCUACGUGACCUAGAACUGCAGUUGACCACUUAUAAAUGCGGUGGCGUAUGGCCUAUGAGGUAUUAUGAUGAUUUUGUGAUUACCCAAGUAGAAUUCAUAACCCAAAACUAUAAUGCGCUAUCCGUAUUUAAUUUAACGGUUCACGAGGGUAGUGGUUGCGGUGGUGUUCUUAAAUAUCCCUAUCGGCAAAUUCUUUUCGAUUAUCAGUAUAAAAACAAUGUUGAAUGUAUAUGGGAAUUAGCCACAGAACCUGGUUUCCAUUUGGCCGUUACUUUUGAAAAUACAUUCUUUAUAGAAGCAUCAGCUAAUUGCACUAAAGAUUAUUUGAAGAUCCAACAGAAAUCGUUACAGGGUGAAUGGGAGGAUAUUGCAAAAUUGUGUGGACGUGAACCGCCACAAGCUGUUAAUACAACAACCGAAGAAAUGCGUUUAAUAUUCCGCUCCGAUGAUGAGGGUGUGGGUAGUGGUUUUAAUAUGAAAUUUGAGCGUAAUUGUGGUGGUAUACUUUAUGCCACCGAUACCAUGCAACAAUUAAAAUCGCCCAACUAUCCAUCCGAGUAUCCCGCAAAUCUAGUGUGUAACUACACUAUUGUGCCAUCGCCCACGAUAAGUAAAACAGAAUCGGAUAGUUUGUACUUACGCUUUAUAGAAUUUACAGUAGAAGAUUCUCCCCUCAAGACGUGUAUAUUUGAUAAUGUUACCAUUAAUACGUUGGACAAUCAAAAUGAGGUGGUCUCCAAUACUUUGUGUGGCAGAAAAACCAAUUACGAGAUUAGAUCCAAAAAAACUAUAACCAUUAUCUUUAAGACCGAUGGCAGUUAUGGUCGUAAAGGUUUUCUCAUGGAAUAUGGCCAUAAUAAAUGUGGAGCUGUCAUUACCAAUUCGACAAUAAUAGAAUCACCCAAAGAUUCUUCCACCCAAAUGUAUCCCCAUAACAGUAUAUGCUCUUGGCAAUUGCAAGCACCAGAAAAUUACAAAAUUAUCAUUAAAUUUGAAUAUAUUGACUUUGAGUCGCAGGGUAUGUGUACGUAUGAUGCUGUAGAAGUAUACAAGGGUCUCAAUACCGUAGAGGAUCAACGUUUGGUUCAAUUGUGCGGCAACAUAACGGAACAGAAAGAAAUUAUUAAUAUAGCACAGAAUACUGCCCUAAUACGUUCCUUUUCCGAUGAUCGUGAUGCCUCUAAAGGUUUUAAGGCCUUGGUGAAAUUUGUACCAAAUUGUGAUAAUCGCAUACACUUGGAGUCUUCGAAUUCUUCUUAUGAAUUCACACGUUUCUCCGGCCAAUAUGCCAAUAAUUUAGAUUGUUCUUGGUUAUUUACCACCACUCCCGAUCGCCAGCUUAAACUGGAGUUUACUAGUUUCCAUGUGGAAAAUUCCACCAAUUGUUUGGAUGACUAUUUGGAUAUACGUGACGGUUCAGGUUUGUUUGCCGAUCAAAUUGGCCAAUUUUGUGGUCACGACUUGCCCAGUCCUUUAGUUUCCUCUAAAUCUACACUUCUAAUGAGAUUUGUAACUGAUGCUAAGGAAACUAGUAGUGGUUUUGUGGCCACCAUUAGAUCGGUACCUAAAAUAUGUGGUCGUCAGAAUUUGGACUUGACUACACAAAAGUCGGUAACCUUACUUUCUCCUGAUGAUGGUUCUGGAAAAUAUCCCAAUAAUAUCAACUGUAUUUGGAAAAUUAAAAGUGACAAUAAUAUUCAUUUGCAUUUUGAGAAACUUGAUAUUGAUGGCCCCGAUACGAAUGGUUCCUGUUCUACGGAUUAUGUUAAAAUUAUUAAUAGUGAUGAUGCCGAUACUGUCGAUAGGGGUUACGGCAGUAAAUUGGUUUUCAAUGGACGCGCAUCAUCAUACAUUGGAAAUUACAAUUACGCUACCGAACAUAUUUAUUGUGGCAAUAAAAUUCCUGAUGACUACUUCUCAUCAUCGAAAGCAGUUUUCGUUAAAUUUAAAUCCAACAAUGAUGUGGUCAAGAGUGGUUUUAAAUUAAAAGCCACAUCAGCUGAAGGUUGUUUCCGCAAUUUCACCGGCAUCCAGGGUCGCAUUAAACUAGCCGAAUCCACAGAUCACUGCGAUAUCUAUAUAAAAGCUCCUCAAAACUAUACCUUAAGUCUGUAUUACAAUGAUCUAAUGUUUUCGGAAUACGAUUGUGAAAAAGAAAAUAUUGAAGUAUUUGAUGCUCGCACUAAUACAUCGUUACAGAAACUAUGUGAGUUUAUUGAUACCGGCAAGUCUCUCUUCUCGAACAGCAAUGAAUUGCGCAUGCGUUUAAAAUUGAGUGGCUAUUAUACUCAAAUUGAUGUCACCUAUUUGGCCAGCACUAAUGGACCCGGUUGUGGUGGUGAUUUUUAUAAUACUCAAGGUAUUCUCACAAAUCCCUUCUAUCCCGAUCAUGUGCGUAAUAACUCAGAUUGUCGCUGGAAUAUACGUGUACCCUCCAAUAUGAGAGUUCUUUUGAAAUUCCCUGUUUUUAAUAUGGGUGCUAAGAGUACUUGUCGUACGGAUUAUUUACAAAUUAUAGAACAUGAAAAUCAUGAUAGCGGCGAAGAGAAAGUAAUGCGUCAAUUUUGUGGAGAGGAUGAACCUCAUUUCUAUCUGAGUUCUAAAAGUUAUGUGACUGUACGUUUCCAUAAGACAGUUAAUUAUGAUGGCACUGGGUGGGUUAUUUCCUUUAGUGGCGUUCAUCCUUCCAGUGAUACAAGCUAUAUUAUUUAAUUAAUUUUAUGCAUAUUUUAAUUAUUUCGAAAUUGUUGAAUUAAUUUUAUAUAUGAUUUAAAAAAUUUAUUUAUAAAAAUCCCGAAA